UGGCGGUGGGAGCCUGGCUCGUCCCGUCCCUCCCCCCCCGCCCCGCGGGGUUAGCGGCUUCUCCGCUUGUCCCGCGGUCGCCGGGGCUACGGCUGACGGGCCUCCUGCUUGUGGGGCUGGAAAGUCGGGUUUCGAGCCAGUUUAAGGAGCAGCGGAGGGAAAUGACGGCUUACUGUAGUGCCUUUGGGGGCAAGAAGAGCAAAACGUUUGUCUCUUUUGCUGCCAGCCCCUUGCUGUGACGGAAACAGUCCUGCGAGCUGGGCCACAGAACCAGUGGUUGCUUUUCCUGCUGGAUUCAUCAUGAUAACUCCAGCUUUUGAACUGACCCAGGAUCCAGAUUUUCUUACAAUAAUAAUCAAAGUACCUUAUGCCAGAGCUUCAGAGUUUGACGUGUAUUUUGAAGGGGAAGAUUUUAAAUUUUAUGCUAAGCCGUACUUUCUCAGAUUGACACUUCCUGGAAGAAUUGUAGAAGAUGGCAGAGAAAAAGCAUCUUAUAAUACAGACAAAGGAACUUUUACAAUUCGGUUACCUAAGGAGAUUCCUGGCCAAUAUUUUGAGGGACUGGACAUGCUGACAUCUCUCUUAGCACCAAAGAAAUCAAGAUCAGCAAAACCUUUAGUUGAAGAGAUAGCUGCCUCUGCUGAGUUGUCUGAGGAGGAGGAAGAAGAAUUUGACUGGGAAAUAGAGCAGACCCCUUACAAAGAAAGUGCAGAAGGCACUCUACCACUAGAGUACCGUUACGGAUUUGGGAAUUUGCGGUCAGGGGUGUUCCAGCGGCUGCAGGAUGAACUCAGUGAUGUUAUUGACAUUAAGGAUCCAGACCAGACUCCUGUAGAUGAACGUAGGAGGAAACGCCUGGCAGCUGAGGCUGCCAAGUUUGAGCCUGAUCAUUACCUAGCUGAUUUUUUUGAAGAUGAAGCUAUUCAGCAUGUCUUAAAGUACAAACCGUGGUGGGUUGAUGCUCAUAAAAGAAUGAUAGCCUUACAAGGAGAAAGUCAUCGGGAAUAUGACAGUCGUACAUUUGUUGUCUUCUCUGAGGAAGAGAGAGAGCAGCUGAGAAAGUUCACAAAUAAAUCUUAUCUUCUGGAUAAAAGAACCCGUCAUCAUGUAUAUCUUGGUUUAAUUGAUAUCCUUCUGGCAUAUUGCUAUGAAAUCUGUGUCAAUGAAGGAGACAAGAAUGUUGAAUCGUCUUGGAACAUCAGGAAAUUGAGUGCAACAUUGUGCUGGCUGGAGAGUUUUGCUAGCAUUCAUGACGUCCUGGUAUCUUUUGGAAGAAGAGUGCUAUGCUAUCCCUUACACAGACAUUUUGGAUUAGUGACACGUGCAUUCAGUGAUACAGUCAUGAUACUGCAACUAGGAAAAGCUGCAGUUUUGAAGUGUCUGCUGGACAUUCACAAGAUUUUUAUGGAGAGUGACCCUGCCUACAUCCUUAAUGAUCUCUUCAUUACAGACUAUUGCAUCUGGAUUCAAAAAAUCAAGUCAAAAAAGUUGGCUGCGCUCUCUGAAUCCUUGCAGAAAACCACACUAGCUAAGUCCCACAUAGGAUUUGAACUAGAAGAGCUGGAAGCAGCAGCAGUGCUGGUACAAGAGGAAGAGAGCAUGUUAAAAGCUGCUGGCACAGUUUCCAAGCAACAGCUGCCUUCCUCUGAGUCGGAGACAAGUGACUCUGAAGAAUCAAGCGGUACUUCAUCAUCUGAGACAGAAGGCUCUGAUUCAGAUGAGCGAGAGUCCUCAACCAGUGAAGAUGGGAAAAUAAAUUCUUUACAAGGCAUGCUUCAAGAGGAGAGGACAGCUCCACUUAUUGACUGUAAUGGAUUAAGGCAUGGCACAAACACUUCGACGUUUGAGGUUAGUGAUGAAAAAUCAAAGGUUUCUUUGCAAUCUCCGACUCUUCCUGGAAAAUUGAUAGAAGAAUUAGAAAAGCAAAUGCACACUGCAAUUAGACUUUCAGAACAGCCUGAAGGAUUGGCUACUGCAAGCUGCAUUUUACAGGAACAAGAAGAAAACUGUGUAUCUGAGCCUGACAGAUUUUCAAAAGAUACUACUGGGAACGGAAAUUUCUUGGAGGUGUCGUCAGAGACAAACCCAUUGCUUUUUCUUCGCAGCAUAAAUAAAGAUGAAGACUAAAGGACCGUGUUAGAACAUGGUGUGACCCACUAGCAACACAGCUCAUUGCUAUAAUGAGGUGUUCCCAAGGCUAUCCUGAGCUGCAGGAAGAAGUUGAUAUUUUUAUUCUUUGUUGUGUUGACAGUUUGGAGGACAAGACUGCUUUGAAAAGAAUUGAUACGACUGUAUGAUAGAUACCC